AUCAAAUCACACAAAGUUUGUCGUGCCUGUAAAGCUCCUCCUCCUCCGCACCACGGUGAAACCUAGAACCCUAUAAUCGUAUAGCAAUGGCGUCGAACGCUGCUGCGGCUCCGUUCUGGAGAGCUGCCGGGAUGACCUACAUAACCUAUUCCAAUCUCUGCGCCAAUAUGGUCAGGCAGUGUCUCAAGGAGCCCUACAGAUCCGAAGCCUUGACCCGCGAGAAGGUCCAUUUCUCCGUUUCCAAGUUUGUCAAUGGCACGCCUGAGAAACCAACCAUCCGGUCCGAUGCAUCUGAAUGAGGCUGGACAUAAUGUGCAGGUGUUCUUUGAAGUCAUCUAGUUGAACUGCAGCCUGUUUUUCUUUCUGAUCUGUUUCCAUGUUGUUUGAAACUGUCUGUGAGCUGUGAUUCCCCGGCAAAAAUGACAGUAUUUGUUGCCUGAGAUGGGAUCCAAUUUGAUAAUAAGAAUAAUGAGAGUGGAUUGACUUGGAUUUUAUGAUAAUACCAUUGACACUUGCCAAUA